AUGCGCAAUGGAUGCCGCACUCCAUCAGCAUCAUUGCAAGUCAUCACAGGUCUCGCGAGUCCUCCGGCCAGUCCAUCACGAUGUGUAUCUCCGCGUACGACCAUGCUGAAGACGUUUGCCGGAAAGCAAGGUUACCAAGACCUAUCGCCAAAGUCCAUGCAGGAUCUAAGGAUUGAACUCGAAGUCCAUCCCAGCGCUCGCAAUCUCAACGCCUACCCAGCGUCUCCUCCUUCAUCUAUUCGAUCUUUCUCGUCAGCUUCCCACCGUCAGCCGGCAUCACCUUCUUUUGCUAUCGCCAACGGCGUGGAGUCGGAGGCAACGUCACCCAUUGAUCCCUCCGGUACCAUGCUCUUCUACACGUCUAAUCGCAGCGUCGAUUCGGGCCUGCUCGGCGUCUGCCCGCUUUCUGAACCCCAGGUCGCUGAGUACAGAUUCUGGCGUCCCUGCGGGAGACGCAUCUGUGGGUUUGGAUGCGGAGGCGCGAAUGUAGGCGAGGCGGCAGCUGCAAAGCGGCUAUUUCGACAAGCCGAGGAGGUCAUCCCUGAGAUGGAGGACGAGGUUGGUAAUGACGAUGCAGGAAUAACGCAGAGUGAAGAGCACGAGUAUGGUCUCGAUGGCCAGGCCGACAACAGUACGGGUGAUGCAGGUCAUGCCAAUGGAGACGGCAAGUUCAGCACGAGCACUUGGGCAGGUCGUCGACUGGUGAUGGACUGGAACCAGUUCUUGUCAGGCUGCGAGAGGGAUGGCAUCGCGCAGUUCUGA